CACAUACCCCGAAAUGGCACAUGUGUUUGAGAUUCCGCGAAGAAAUCCAGCACCUCACCUUUCUGAAUCCAUAGACUUCAUCUUCACUUGUUUUGAUGAUUCUUUUUUGUCAUUCAUUCGCUCGUUUCCUUGCGACCGAUCCUCGUUCUAGCGACUAUCUGCAGGCUCCAGAAUAUCCUCGAACCUAGUUACAUCUGCGCUCGUUCCUCCUCUCUACAACUCUCCAACCUGCUACACCGGAUCUUGGUAGACACUCUGGAUUGGGUCGAUCGCUCAUGGUUAUCGACAUGGUCGCGCCUAUCAUUUUUUAGACCAUCUGGUGAGAUUCCACCUCCUGCCUCCGACAAGAGCACCAUGUCUUCGCAUGACAGAACGCCGCCGAGAACGGUCGGCCGGCAGUCGAUACCUCUGCGAGACCUCUCGAGACCUCCCGACGGCGCAUUGGCCGGCUCAGAUGAAUCAGAAAUCUCAGGAGUAAAAUCAAAUGGCCACACCUCCAGACACAGUCGUACACGUUCCCUACUCACAGGUCGACGGACUCCUAAUUAUUCACGCUUGGAAGAAGAGUCGCCUACUAGAGAAGGAAAUCCAUAUGGGCGCGUUGGAUAUGCUGCAAAAGGGGGGAGUGGCAAUGACUCUCCUGUCGAGGAUAUUGGAGGCUUUGCGGCAGCAACUGUUGGAUUGGACCUCAGUUUACCCUCUACACCUCCCAGUACUGGCGCAUGGAGGCCUACGAUUGUCACCACUCCUGCUGAUACAGGCCUUAACGAGGCGGACAGUCUUUUCUCGCCCCCAGACUCUGACACAACUCCAUUGACUGAAGGGCGCCGGUUCACAUCCUCGGUCAACACGUCUAGUUCCGCCUCUAGAGGUCAACGGCACAACAGACAAGGGAAAGGGUCAAGCGUGCAGUGGACGGAUGGGGAGUCUCCAUCGCUUGCCCGUGGUCGAGGGUCUAGGCUGGGAGAUGAUCUGCCCUCUCUUAAGACAACUGCGAGUCUGCGUCGAAAGCUGAGUACCAGUAGCGGCGUGGCUCGUUUGACACCCGAACGAGCAGAGUCUGGGGAAAGGUCAAGGUCUCUAUCGCCUUCUCCUUCUCCGAUGGCCCGGGCAAACUCCAUGCUGCGAGAGAUAUCCCAGCGUGUGGUCAACCUAAGUAACGACUCGGACAUGGUCGAGCAGAACCUCCGGCGGAAGUCGUCGAUACGCGAUCAAAGACGGCCAAGUGCCUCAGCUCCUCAUGUGCCACCUGUCCCCGAUGAAGAAGAAGCACCAAUCGCUCAACCUCCAAUAGAGAAAGUUCCUUCUAUCGAGACUUUUCCUGCGCCAUUCAUGCCUGUUCACUAUCCAAACCCUCUGCUCGGCAAAUCAUGGGGCAUUUUUGGCCCGGACAAUGGGCUCCGGAAAUGGCUCCUUGAGAUUCUGGUACACCCGCUCACAGAACCCUUCAUCCUGGUCUUGAUCAUUGCUCAAACAGUUCUGCUAGCGGUGAACGCCGCUACUGAUGCCGUCUAUCUCCAGUCGAGGACCAAGCGGUGGGGAAGCGGAUUCGAUUAUGCGAUCUUUGGGUUAUUUGUGUUUUACACAUUGGAACUGGUUGCUCGGACGAUCGUGUCGGGCUUUAUUUCGAAUCCGCGCGAACACAGUACGAUAAAUCGUGAUCUGGGGUUCAAACGAGCUGUGCUACAUAAAGCAAAUACGCUGUUCGCGGGUUCACAAGCACAAGACCUCCGACCUUCUAAAACCGAUGCCUCAAGCCAACCCUCAAUUGUCCGCGCAUUCACUGGUGUUCCGGAACCCGGUGGUCCAGGUCACAGCAAGCACCAGCAAAAAGUACGUCUCGCACGAAGGGCCUUUCUCAGACACUCUUUCAACCGGCUUGACUUUGUGGCGGUUAUCUCAUACUGGAUUUCUUUUGCCAUGCAGAUGACGCUUGUUGAGAGCAAUACUCACGUCUAUGUCUUCAACAUGUUGAGCUGUCUUCGAAUUCUACGAUUACUGGGCUUGACAGCUGGGACGUCGAUCAUUCUUCGUAGUCUGAAGAAAGCGGCUCCUCUCCUCGUCCAUGUCUCAUUCCUGAUUGGCUUCUUCUGGUUGCUUUUUGGUAUUGUUGGUGUUCAAAGCUUCAAAUCCAGCCUACGGCGGACUUGCGUGUGGGUUGGUGACGACGGCUCUGGUCAGAACUAUACGCUCAAUGUCGCUCCUGAGAACAUACAAUUUUGUGGCGGUUACCUGGACGCAGCCACCGGCGACCCGAUGCCAUGGCUGAAACUCGAUGGUCAAAAUGGUACCCACAGCGCGAAGGGGUACCUUUGCCCACAAGAUUCCUUGUGCGUCGAAGGAUCUCAAGGUCCCUAUAAUGGGACUGUGAGUUUCGACAACAUUGUGCAGUCACUGGAACUCGUGUUCGUAAUCAUCAGUUCCAACACGUUCUCCGAUCUUUUGUACUACCUCGCGGAUUCUGACUACCUCGCCGCAGCACUUUUCUUUGCUGCCGGCAUUGUUGUUCUCAGCUUGUGGCUAGUCAACUUGUUGGUCGCCGUCAUUACAUCUUCGUUCCAGAUUAUUCGUGAGGAAAGCAGACAGAGCGCAUUCACGGCAGAUACGAUUGAGCAACCUGUGCUCGACGAUGACGCCCAGACGAGAAAAAGCCAGUUGAAGAAGAUCUUUGACAAGACCCAUGUCUUCUGGGUGCUGGUCAUCGUGUACGAUCUGGUGGUACAGAGCUUGCGCAGCGCCUACAUGAGCGACACUCGUGGAGACUUCAUCAUGAACUCCGAAACAAUAGUGACACUGCUCCUCCUCGUCGAGAUUGUUCUGCGCUUUCUCUGUGACUGGCGGAAUUUCUUUCGGGGCAAACGGAACUGCGUCGACCUUUCCCUGGCUAUUGUCACUUCUAUCAUGCAGAUCCCGGUUAUUCGCAAUUCCGGUCAAGUCUACGCAUGGCUCACCGCUUUUCAAAUCGCUCGUGUGUAUCGAGUUGUACUUGCGGUCAGGGUUACCAGAGAAUUAAUCAUGCUGGUGUUCGGCAACAUAGGCGGUCUACUCAACCUGAUCCUUUUUGUUUUCCUGUUCACUUUCCUGGCUGCGGUCCUUGCCUCGCAGUUGUUGAGAGGAGAUUUCCCCUCUGUGGACGCAGGCGGAGAGACUAUUCCAGUCACAUUCUUCGACAUCUGGAACUCCUUUCUCGGGAUGUAUCAAGUCUUUUCGAGCGAAAAUUGGACGGCCUUGAUGUACAAUGCGACCGAGUACAACUUGAUAUGGGACACAGCAUGGCUGAGCGCAAUGUUUUUCAUUCUCUGGUUCAUCAUCUCGAACCUGAUUGUUCUGAACAUGUUUAUUGCUGUCAUCCAAGAAAGUUUCGAUGUCUCGGAGGAUGAGAAACGACUGCAACAGGUGAAAGCUUUUCUGAAGCAGAAAGAAAUCAGUGGCUCUACUACUGGCAACUUGUCGCUUGCCGCUGUCUUCAAAAUGGGACGGGAUUCCAUCAGGCACCGUGAUGCCCUCGAAUACGGCUCUGCUGCUGUUGAACAACUUUUGAAAGAAGCCGUCGUCAAAGAUUUCCUGGACGAACAACAAGAGGGACUCUCAAAACGUCCGAACUCGAUGCAUGUGCCUGACGCUGGCGCGGUCAAGCCUGGGUUGCUUUCGAACUAUUGGGGCAAGUUGGUCGGACUCAAUAAGCACAGAGAACCAAACCCCUUCUACUCCAAUGCUAGGUUUGCCAGAGCCAAUGAGGAGUUUGAUCCACGGGCGGCUGCGAAACGAGUUGUCAUGACCACUGAGAACCGGCGACGCGCUCAGCGCCAAUACUUACAGAAACAUCCAAGGUACAAUGUGUCGCUUUUCAUCUUCAAGCCGAACAACCCCAUAAGGAGGCUCUGUCAAUAUCUCGUCGGACCAGGACGAGGGAGUGAGCGCGUGGAAGGUGUCUCGCCCUACAGGCCGGCAUGGUAUGCCUUCUCUGCAUUCACAUAUGCCGCCAUUGUCGCGAUGGUAAUACUGGCCUGCAUCACUACGCCGUUGUACCAACGUGGCUAUUUCCAGGAUCACGACUCAAGCUUCGCGAACUGGUUUGUCUGGACAGAUCUUGGAUUUGCCACUCUUUUCACAGCUGAAGCUGUCAUCAAAGCCAUUGCAGAUGGGCUUUUCUUCACGCCGCAUGCCUACUUCCGAAGUGUUUGGGGCUUCAUCGAUGGCAUUGUGUUGAUUACGCUAUGGAUCAACGUCAUUACUACCAUGUUUCGUGAUGACGGAGUUUCGCGGGCUGUCGGCGCCUUCAAAGCAUUGAGAGCCUUGCGAUUGCUCAACAUCAGCGAUACUGCCCGAGAGACCUUUUACUCGGUAAUUAUCAUUGGCGGAUACAAGCUUGUUGCGGCCUCAUUCGUGGCCAUGAGUCUGUUAAUUCCUUUUGCCAUCCUGGGGGUGAACCUAUUCAAUGGGAAGAUGAAAGCGUGUAAUGACGGUGAUUUCGCCUUCAACUCUCUGAGCGACUGCGUUGGGGAGUUCAACUCAACUCCGUUCAACUGGCCAGUAUUGGCCCCAAGACAGGUGGCGAACCCAUGGUACUCUUUCGAUGACUUUGGCAGUGCCUUGUUCAUACUUUUCCAAAUUGUCUCUCAAGAAGGUUGGACCAACGUCAUGUGGUCUGGGACGAGCAUCACUGGUAAAGGACUGCAGCCCCAACCGUUUGCAUCCCAGGGCAAUGCUGUCUAUUUUAUCGUCUUCAACCUUUUGGGAGCAGUCUUUGUCCUGACGUUAUUUAUAUCGGUGUUCAUGCGCAACUACACGGAGCAAACAGGGGUUGCUUUUCUGACCGCCGAGCAACGUUCGUGGCUCGAACUACGGAAACUCCUUCGGCAAAUCUCUCCUUCGAAGCGCUCAAUUGGAGAGAGGACGUCUCGCAUCAGAAAAUGGUGCUAUGAGCUCUCGAUCAAGAAACGAGGAAAAUGGCAACGUUUCGUCACUACCGUCCUGGUGCUGCAUCUUAUCCUCCUUUGUGUUGACUACUAUCCAGAGCCAGCUUGGUGGGAGACGUUGCGUGAAUGCAUCUUCCUGGGUUUCGCGGUCAUACUCAUCGCCAACGUCGUAGUCAGAAUAAUUGGACUCUCCUGGCAUCGGUUCCGGCGGAGCUCCUGGGACGUCUUUUCAAUCUUCGCCCUGGCAGGAAUUCUUGUAACCUCUCUAAUGAGGCUUUCAAAUGUCACUGCUCGAAGUUUCGAACAGGUGCACAAGCUCUUCCUAGUAUCAGUCACCUUUCUACUCAUCCCCCGGAACAAUCAGCUAGACCAAUUGUUCAAAACAGCUGCAGCAUCUCUACCCCUCAUUGCAAAUCUACUUGCAACCUGGUUUGUACUGUUCUUGGUGUAUGCGAUAGCCUUCACGCAAGCCUUCGCAUUGACACGAUUUGGGCCUAACGAGAACAACAAUAUCAACUUCCGAACGGUACCGAAGGCACUGAUUCUCCUCUUCAGGACCAGUAUCGGCGAAGGGUGGAAUCAGAUCAUGGAGGAUUUCGCUACUAUCGAGCCGCCUUUCUGCGUACAAGAAGCUAGUUUCUUCGAAAGCGACUGUGGUAGCUCUGCCUGGGCUAGAACGCUUUUCAUCUCAUGGAACAUCAUCAGCAUGUACCUCUUCGUAUCGCUGUUUGUGUCUCUCAUAUUCGAGAGCUUUUCCUACGUAUACCAACAGAGCAGUGGGAUGUCCAUCGUCAGCCGAGACGAAAUUCGGCGCUUCAAACACGCCUGGGCUGACUUCGACCCGAAUGGUACCGGAUUCAUCUCCAAGGAACAUUUCCCUCGCCUGCUUGGGGAACUCUCCGGUGUCUUUUCGAUGCGAAUCUAUGAUGGCGACUUUUCUGUGCAGCGUAUCAAGGAGGACUGCUCCUUCCAGCCGGGCGACCCUUUGCCACCCAGCGCCAGGAUUGUUGACGGCAUUGAUCUGACCAAACUGUCAGAAAGAGUAAGCCAGAUACCUGUUGAUGAGAUUCGAAAGCGACGGGAACGGAUGAACGUGUUCUACGAAGAAGCUCUGCUUACCGCAGAUCCUGACCGUGGUAUUCCUUUCACAGCAUGCCUUUUCUUGCUCACACACUACAAUGUGAUCACGGAUUCACGAAGUUUACGAUUAGAAGAGUUUCUCAGACGUCGCGCACGUCUUCAGAGGGUGCAGGAGACAAUACGUCGGAACACCGUGGUCGGCUUCUUUGACACCAUUUAUUGGUCCAGGAAAUUCAGGAAAGCCAUUGAACGGCGACGAAACUCACGCCUAGGAGCACCUCCCACAAUGCCCGUGCCUGAAAUCUUCAUCGAAAACCCCGACGACAACAUUGAGAGCAGCAGCAGUACGCAGCCACGAGAUUUCACGACUUCCACACCUACAUACACACCGAAGAAACCACCAUCAAGCUUACCACCACUCGAUACAUCAUUCCUGGUCCGGGAUUCGCUCCAGAGUCCAGCAAGGCUCAGUUUCGAGGAGUCACCGAGAGGCAGCCCGAUCAGAGCCUCAAGGUUAGGCUCUGUGGACACCUCCUAUCAUGGCGCAAAUAGGACAUCCCCUACAACGCCAACACUAAGCCACAGCCGUCACGGCAGCACUGCGAGUGGCAACAGUGGACAAGGCGGUGUCAUGGGAGAUUUUGAUGCCUCGGCAUGGGGAGAGAGUAUAAGGAGGAGCUUUACGACGAGAAGACCGCGGGGAGACCGUGACUGAGCAAGACUAUAUUUGACGAGGAUUGACGACUGACAUGACACUUCUUUGUACAUACUGGAUGGGCAACACGACCUUCAGGAGGCGGAUAGAGAGCAUAGCGAGGGCGUUUCUAUGAGGCUACUCUAGACUCAUGGUGGAAAUGACGGCUUUGUUGCGUGUGCCAUGUAUUUGCAUUACCAUUGUAUGGCAAGUGAUUUUCUAUCUCCG